AUGGUGCUAGUUCGAGAGGUUUGGGCUGAGAAUAUGGACAAAGAGUUUGCGAUGAUUCGAUCAACACUCGUCAAAUACCCGUAUGUUUCAAUGGACACGGAAUUCCCUGGGGUUAUAUUCAGUCCCAAUGUUGAAAAACACAUGUAUUCUCAUCUCAAUCCGUUGGAUCAGUACUCUUGGAUGAAGCGUAAUGUCGACUGUCUCAAGCUCAUUCAAGUCGGCCUAACCUUGUGUGAUUCUCAAGGAAAUCUUCCUGAUUUUGGGACUAAUAUCUGUUACGUAUGGGAGUUCAACUUCAGGGGUUUUGAUGUGGAUAGACACCGUUACAAUCUGGAAUCGAUUGAGUUAUUGAAGAGACAAGGGAUCGAUUUUGCGAAGAAUGGGAAAAAGGGUAUUUCUUUUUUGCACUUUUCUAAACUUUUUCUGGAAUCUGGACUUGUUUUCAAUCCGUCUGUGACUUGGGUUACUUUUCAUGGAACUUAUGAUUUUGGGUUCAUGAUUAAGACUUUGACAAGGGAAAGAUUGCCCGGUGAUUUGUAUCAGUUUAUGGAGUUGGUGAAAUCUUACUUUGGUGUGACAGUAUAUGACAUGAAACAUAUCAUGGAACAUUUUGGGCUCUAUGGUGGGUUAGAAAAGGUGGCAAAAGCUUUGGAGGUUGAUCGUGUGGUGGGGAAGAGUCAUCAAGCAGGGUCGGAUAGUUUGCUCGCUAUGCAGACUUUCAUGAAGCUGACAGAUAUCUAUUUCAGUGGAGAAAGUAGAGAUAUCUUGAAUGUGUUCAAUUGCAGAUUAUAUGGCUUGGAGUUAGGGCCUAAAGGUAAUGGAUUGAUGAUAGGGACCUCUGACAUGAUGAGUCCUAUUGUGUAUUAUAUAGCUUAG